AUGCUGGGCCUGCUGGCUCUCCUCCUGCACUGCCUCCCGCUGGCCGCCUGGGACUAUGACAUCUGCAAGUCCUGGGUGACCUCGGACGAGGGCCCCACCUGGGAGUUCUACGCCUGCCAGCCCAAGGCCAUGCGCCUGAAGGACUAUGUCAAGGUGAAGGUGGAGCCAAAGGGCAUCACGUGCGGAGACCCCCCGGAGAGGUUCUGCUCCCACGAGAACCCCUACCUGUGCAGCAACGAGUGCGACGCCUCCAACCCGGACCUGGCCCACCCGCCGCGGCUCAUGCUGGACCGGGAGGACGAGGGGCUGGCCACCUACUGGCAGAGCGUCACGUGGAGCCGCUACCCCAGCCCGCUGGAGGCCAACAUCACGCUGUCCUGGAACAAGAGCGUGGAGCUCACGGACGACGUGGUGGUGACCUUCGAGUACGGCCGGCCCACCGCCAUGGUGCUGGACAAGUCGCUGGACCACGGGCGCACCUGGCAGCCCUGGCAGUUCUACGCCGAGGACUGCGCCGAGGCCUUCGGCAUGCCCGCCCGCCGGGCCCGCGACCUGGCGGCAGCGGGCGCGCACCGCGUGCUGUGCACGGAGGAGUACUCGCGCUGGGCCGGCGCCCGCAAGGAGAAGCACGUGCGCUUGGAGGUGCGGGAGCGCUUCGCCAUCUUCGCCGGCCCCGGCCUGCGCCACAUGGACCAGCUGUACGCGCGUCUGGAGAGCGCCAAGGGCCUGCGAGACUUCUUCACGCUCACCGACCUGCGGCUGCGGCUGCUGCGGCCCGCGCUGGGCGGCACCUACGUGCAGCGGGAGAACCUGUACAAGUACUUCUACGCCAUCUCCAACGUGGAGGUCACCGGCAGGUGCAAGUGUAACCUGCACGCCAACCUGUGCUCCGUGCGCGAGGGCAGCCUGCAGUGCGAGUGCGAGCACAACACCACGGGCCCCGACUGCGGCAGGUGCCGCAAGAACUUCCGCACGCGGUCCUGGCGGCCCGGCUCCUACCUGCCGCCGCCGCACGGCUCCCCCAACGCCUGUGCUGCCGCGGGCUCCGCUGUUGGCAACUGCGAGUGCUACGGCCACUCCAACCGCUGCAGCUACAUCGACUUCCUCAACGUGGUCACCUGUGUGAGCUGCAAGCACAACACGCGGGGCCAGCACUGCCAGCACUGCCGCCUCGGCUUCUACCGCAACGGCUCUGCAGAGCUGGACGACGAGAACGUGUGCAUCGAGUGCAACUGCAACCAGAUCGGCGCCGUGCACGACCGGUGCAACGAGACCGGCUUCUGCGAGUGUCGCGAGGGCGCGGCGGGGCCCAAGUGCGACGACUGCCUCCCCACGCACCACUGGCGCCAGGGCUGCCACCCCAACGUGUGCGACGACGACCAGCUGCCCUGCCGGAACGGCGGCACCUGCGUGCAGAACCAGCGCUGCGCCUGCCCGCCCGGCUUCUCCGGCCCCCGCUGCGAGCGGCCCCGCUGCGCCCCCGACGGCGGCGGCGGCGGCCCGGACUGCGACCGCGCGCCCGGCGCCGCGCCGCGCCCCGCCACGCUGCUGGGCUGCCUGCUGCUGCCGGCGCUGGCCGCCCGCCUGGGCCGCUGA